ACUCAUUCCUCUUGACAUUCAACGAGCUCUUCAAGACAUGCUCCUCGCAAACUAUGGUUCGGAUUCCGGAUCAGAUUCUGAAUCAGAAGCUGGUCCAUCGAAAGUUGUCCGAAAUUCUCAACCUGCGAAAGUUCCCGUGACUGUCAAAGCCUCCCCUGCUCCUUCGAAACCCGUUGUUAAAGGCAAGAGCAAAGGUCCGAUCAAAAUCACCUUGGAUCUACCCAAGGCUAAUGCGAUAGGCGGGACAGAUGUAGAGGAUGAGGAUGACGGUUUAUCACGUCAACGCGGGAGAGUCAGUCCGGACGACGAGGGUAGAGAAGUGAAGAAGCCAAAGAUUCAAGGAAAGGGAAGUUCUGCAUUACUUGGAAUGCUGCCCCCUCCGAAGAGAAAGAUCUUACCGAAGGUAGAAGGCAAAUCUAGUCUAUCAGUCAACAAAUCCAUGGCCGUGAACAGGCCUCCGCCACCUCCUGGAAUGGAGGAUCUCGACUUGUCUGGCUUUGCAAAGGAAGAUGACGGAGAUGCUCAUGGACCCGCGCCAAAGUCUGGAUUCUUGUUACCUUCCUCUAUUGCGAGAGGGAAAGCAAAGGCGGAGAAGGAGAAGGAGAAGGCCCCAGAACCAGUCGUGGAUCUUUUCGGCCUGAGCGAGCCCUCAGUCUCCUCUUCGACACCCUCCAUAGCCACCACUUUCCUUAUCACUUCAGCUCCGAGUGUCCCUGACUUUGUACCUCCUGAACCGACUCUUAACGAUCCAUAUCCAGGAUACUAUCAACUUCCCUCUGGCCAAUGGGCAGCGUACGACGAGGAAUACUACACCUCAUUCUUCUCCAAGGAGGGCGGAGAAAAACACAGACUACAAGGAGACAGAAGAGAGGACGAUGGGCAAGUCGGAAAACACUGGGACGAAUACAAUUCCAGAGGUGCCGAUGUUCUUGAGAUCGAUGUCGCUCAAGGUUUGGCGGAGGGCAGGGCAGAACAAGCCAGAUUGGAGCAGCUCCAGAAACCCAAGACGGGCGAUGAUUUCGAGUACAAGGGAUCGGUGGAAAAGACAAAGGGCCUCGCUGCGCAGCGUCAUCAACUUACAUCACUGCUCAGUACGGCUUACUCGCAGAGGCAGGAGCUGGAAGAUCGGAUCGCGGCGAAUCAAAAGAGCAUGCGGGCCGCGCGAUCAAAGUAUGGUUUCUAAACCUGUUGUCGCUUGAAUCGUAUACAAUGUAUUUCAUUUUCCCCGUGA